UAUUGAAGGACAGUGAGAAGAUGAGUGAUCCAGAACCCUGCAGAAUUAAACAGGAAGAGACUGAAGAACUAAUAGAUGUGAUAGUGAAGAGUGAAGAUGAGGAGAAACAUCAUGUCAAGAGGGAAGAAGAAACUCAAUCAAAGACUGAAGAUCAUUUCUCAGUGAUGAGUACAGCUGUAAAGGGUGUCAUCUGCCCUCAGUGUGGAAAGAGUUUCAUACAUCAAUGUAGACUCAAGCGUCAUAUGCUGAUCCACAAUGGAGAGAAACUGUUCACAUGUACUCUGUGUGGGAAGAGCUUCAAACAGUCACCAAACCUUUAUCGACACAUGCUGAUCCACACUGGAGAGAAAACACACAGAUGUGACCACUGCGGCAAACCCUUUUUAUGGCCUUCAGAGCUGAAGAAACAUCUUGAAGUUCAUUCAGUUGAGAAGCCGUAUUCGUGUUCAGAGUGUGGAAAGAGUUUUAGACAGCCGUCAAAUUUAAAAAAACAUCAGAAGAUCCACGCUGGUGUGAAAGAGUUUGUCUGCUUUGACUGUGGGAAGAGUUUUAUUAGAGCUGGAGGCUUAAAGCGUCACCGGAUGACUCACACUGGAGAGAAACCGUUCGAGUGUUCACACUGCGACAAAACAUUCGCUCAUUCAGAACAUCUGAAAGCACACGAGAGGAUCCACACCGGAGAGAAACCGUUCACAUGUGCUCAGUGUGGGAAGAGUUUCAAUACAUUCGGAGGCUUGAAACAGCACAGGAAGAUUCACACGGGAGAGAGACCCUACGUGUGUUCACACUGCAACAACACCUUUAUUCAUUUAGCACAUCUGAAAGCGCAUGAGCGGAUUCACACUGGGGAGAGGCCGUACACGUGUGCUCAGUGUGGGAAGAGUUUCAGAGUUUCAUCAUCCCUUAGUGAACACAUGCUGAUCCACACUGGAGAGAAAACACACACAUGUGAUCAAUGCGGCAGGAAAUUUUUGAGGUCUUCACAGCUGAAGAAACAUCUUAGAGUUCAUACGAAGGAGAAGCCUUAGGUAUGUUCUUUAGGAAACAGUUUUACACUAGGGAUUCAUUUUAAACUACAGGUAUUGGGGAAACACUCGUCACUACAUCGUUUUUUAGUUCAGCCGUGAGUUACGUCGUUGUUUGGGAAACGCACCCUAGAGUUACUGGUGAUCAAAAAAGU